GAUAACUUCCUUUCCGGCAUAUUUUUGCGGGACCUAGUGAACCGUAUCAAUGGCAAAGGAAUAUCAGAAGGCGAUGGGAUCUCCUAUUUGGAUUUCACCGAUGGAUUGCCGUUGGACGCGCGUUCUCUCACCAGAGACCUGGAGGAGGAGCAGCUGUUGGACUACGACGGUCUAGCAGAGGUUAGCCUGCAUCCCAGCAUAAGGGAUCAGGAAUACCUCCAGCACAGCACCCUUUGGGGAAAACAGUUUGGUCCGGGAGGGGCAGGGGAAGGAAACCAGCUGAUGCGAAAUCAAGGAAUGAAGGCUAAACAGGAAGUCAAAACUGAUACCACCCUGCCAGCCUAUUGUAAUCCUCCAAAUCCGUGCCCAGUGGGUUAUACUGAGGAACAAGGAUGCAUUAUGGACUUCGAAAACUCUGCUUCGUACAGUCGUCGAUAUCAAGCUGUCCAAGACUGCAUGUGCGACACUGAGCAUAUGUUCGACUGCCCAAACCCAAAUGGACCGAUGGUGGAUGAUCCCAUGGAAUCAAUGGACGAUAUGGACUUCAAUCGCCUUCUGCAACAAUCUUUAAAGAUGGGCCAGCUAUAUCCUCACAAGAAUUUGGUUGCCAAAAAGUACUAUCAUCCAAAUGAACAGAGCAAGAAAACAAAUCCAUUCUUGUCUGGCGAGAAGCUCCCAGUGGCAGCAAAGAAAGGCAACAACGUCCUUUUCUAAACCGGAAACGGACGACCGGAAGCUAUGAAGCUCCUUCGACGAUUGAUCACGUACCUCGUAAUCGACUCUGGCUAUGACAAAGGCUGACGAGCUGAAGAACAAUAAUUAACCUUUCCAAAUCCCCCAACCCUUGACAAAACUUAGAUAGUAGUUGCUUUUUAUGUGACGCGUAUUCUUAAAUAAACUUAAAAGGAACCCAUACUUUUAAAGAUGACGGAUACGAUCCGUUGAAAUUUGUAACUCACGAUCGCAGAAAAAAAAUUCUCUUAGGAAUGAUAACAACCAGGUCCCAGUAAGGAAACUUAUUUCAGUAGUUUUUUUAUUCGGACCCAGCAUGGCACAUCAAUGUCGACCAACUUAAGUGUCGUUCUAGGCCCUAUUGACUUUAGCCGAUAUCCUACCAGCAAAAAGGACGAGAUGGACAUCUUUCCACCAUAUCCUAUUUGAACAGCAAGGAUCUCGGCUAAAAUCAAAACGUUGCUUAAGUCAGGUGCAUGAGUUAACUUUCUAAACCGAUACAAGACUUGAUGCAAUCUAGUUGUUGAGUUUGUCUUGCAUUUAUAUAUCAUAAAAGAGGUGGAUAUAACCGAAACUUAGCUAUGUCUCUUACUAUUGAUAACAUAAACUGUUAACGUAUUAAUGUUCCAUUGAUGUUUAAUAAAGUAUUUAUGAAUGUUACUGAAGUUAAGUGGUUAACCAUUUUUCCAAUCAAGCUUCUUAAGUGUAAAAGUCUAUUCUAAUUUAUUGGACGAAAAACGCGCUGGCAGCAUUCUCUGUAUGUCAGUUGUCGAAUAAAUGUAUUCUCUUAAUGUAAC